AUGGAGGGAACCUUACUUCCCCUCUCUUCUCCUUCAACUUCAUCUUCCAAAUUCAACCAUCGUUUUUGUCUCCCCUCUUCCCUACUCAACCACCACCGUCACUCUCACUUCCCCAAAUUCCCCCCAAAACCUAAAAUUGACACCACAACUUCACUACAUCUCCCUCUUCGAUGCUCUCUCCGUGCCUCCACUCUAGCACUUGACCGAGACGAAGCUUCCGUCUCCGGAACACCUGAUAACGGUUUGCCUAGAGUCGACAAAACCGGCCGCUUUUCUAGUCCCAGAGCCGCCAGAGAACUUGCUCUGUCUAUAAUUUAUGCGUCUUGCUUGGAGGGUUUGGACCCGGUUCGGCUAUUUGAGAAACGAAUGAAUGAGCGCCGAGAGAUUGGAUAUGAAUUCAACAAGGAAAAGUUGUUGGAGUAUAAUCAUAUGAAUUUUGGAGGACCACCUGUUGUUGUUGAAACUUAUGAAGAAGAAAAUGAACUUCUGAGGAAUAUUCAACUCGAUGCUGCAAUUGAAGAAGAAGUCCUUGCAGCUCCCCCAAAACUGGUAUAUAGCAGGCUGAUUUUGAGGUUCACCAGGAAACUGUUGGUUGCUGUCAGUGAUAGAUGGGAUAGUCACAUCCCUGUUAUUAAUAAAGUUAUCCCACCAAAUUGGCAGAGUAAGCCAGCGGAGAAGAUUUUAGAGCUUUCUAUUCUUCACUUGGCAAUGUCUGAAAUAGCCAUGCUAGAUACCAGACACCAAAUCGUCAUUAAUGAGGCGGUGGAUCUGGCUAAACGGUUCUGUGAUGGAGCAGCCCCUCGUAUUAUUAAUGGCUGUCUGCGCACAUUUUACCGAGAACUGGAGCCCGAGGCAUAA